AUGGACAUCACAAAACGCGUUUUUGUUGGAGGACUAUCUUCUACCAUUACAGAAGAUGAUUUAAAACCUCGAUUUAACCGUUUUGGUAACGUUACCGAAUUCACAAUUGUUGAAAAACAGCUUCCUGUAGGAACAUUUCAGAAAUUUGCAUAUGUUACAUUCGAAACCAACGAGGAUAACUGGAGAAAGUGCAAAAUGCAUCUUUCUAAAGCUACCUUUAAGGAAAGCGUGUUGAGGAUUGAAGAAGCCAAGCCAUAUUUUAAGGAUAGAUUAAAAUUGGAGAAGAACAUUGAAGAUGAACCAAGCGCUCAAGCUACUACCACUAAUCAUUCUGAACCAGAACUUCCAAGUGAUCCUGUUUUUCACGGAGAAAUCAUCCUACCUGGCAGACAUGCUAAAGACAUGAAUCCUGUAUCUGAUACAGAUGUUAGGAAGACUACAGCUCGUAAGGGAUGGAAGAAAGGACCUUACGGGCGAGCUAUCGCUUUACUGAAGGUCUACAACAAGAAAAGUAGGAAAGUCAAGCGCUUUUAUCCUUUGGGUAGAAACUGUUUACAGAAACUUUGGGGAAAAAUUGAUCCUAAUAUGGAUAAUGCUACUGCGUCGUAUGACACGGAUAACGAUUGCUACCUUACAUACUCAGGAAGAAAAAUUCCUCGUUCAUUUAUUGUACAACAUGCGAAACAACCGAACUUGAGAACCAAACCUGUUGAGGAAAAUGAUUUUGAAAAUUUACGAGUUGCCGCUGAAGUUCCCGAAGAGCGAGGUUUACUCACCGAUGAACAAAUAAACCAACUUCGUGAAAAAGACAAGGACACGGCGCAAUCUGUUCUGGCAGAACUGUUUGGUCAGGAUGAAUUGGCCGAAACGUCAAAGAAAGAAUUAGAAGCUAGCAUCACUGUUGACGAUAAUAACAAAGAUGAAGAACAAAAGACCGCUAACAUUCCGUUGGAUGGUUCCCAUGAAGUUUCUGUUCCUCAAGAACUUGAGGCUUCUGAAAAACAGGCGGCUGUUGUGAAUGUUGAAAAUCUGAAAGAAAUGUUUACAAACAACGAAAAUGAAGCUGCAGGCUUUUCUUUAUUUGGCGGUGGUGACGAAGACCUCAGCGACGAAAAUGAAGAAGACGAAGCAGAAUAUAUGGGUGAGGAGGAAACUCAAGAGCAGCCUUUUAUUCAAGUGGAAUCUACUGCUGCUAAAGACGAGAAAGUAUGGCCCAUGCUUUUCCCUACCUCAACAAAUUCUUUUCCGUAUUUUCGUCCUUGUAGCCAACAAGUUGUACAAAAACAAGCUUUAGAGUCUUGGUGGAAUGAAAACCGCUUGUUUUUGACCAGGGAUUACAAACGCAAGCGUAAAGAUGCAGUAAAGCGUCUGCGUCGAGCUCAACAAAAGCAAAUCCAAGCUUAG